AGACAUAGUCUUUCGUUCAGUUUACGUUUUUCCCAUGGUACAUGAACAUAUCUUACGUCCUACGUUCAUGUGGUGGCCGCUGAUUGGCUCUUAACCAGGAAGUGGCACGUUACUUUGGCUUUUUGAUUAUUUCGCUGAAGAAGUCCGUAUUUUCUCCACAGUCUGGUUGGAUUUAAGUCGUCGCUGGAACAUUUUAAAUGGAAUAUUCUAAGUAUCUAUUUCAAACUUGUGCUCAGUUUAUUAUUUUAUGUGUCGCUGUGUUAAACUCAGAGGAGCUCGUGUUCGAUGACGGAGGCUGGUCGUCGGGGUCAGAGGUCAGGAUACGUGAUGAAGGUCACUGUAACAUCGACGUGUUGGAUGGUUCCUCGCUGUCGUAUCAGCUCUUCAUGGAAAGGUUUGCGUUUCAGCGCCCGGUGAUCCUCAGAGGACUGACCAACAACACGCGGUUCCGGUCGUCCUGUUCCAGGUCCAGUUUACUUCAGGACUACGGCGACCGGACCGUCAGACUCAGCACCGCCAACACACACUCCUACAAGAAAGUCGACGUCUCUUUCCGAACGUACGUGGACGUUUUCCUGCGUCCUCAGUCCGUCGACGCCCUUGGAAACGACACUCUUUACUUCUUCGGAGACAAUAACUUCACGGAGUGGGAGGGGCUGUUCGACCAGUACGAGCCGCCGCCAUACAUCCUGCCUCAGACCAGCGGCGCCUACAGCUUCGGCAUCGCAGGUCCUGGUACUGGAGUUCCGUUUCACUGGCACGGACCCGGAUACUCAGAGGUCAUCUAUGGCAGGAAGCGCUGGUUCCUCUACCCACCGCACAAAGAGCCUCACUUCCACCCCAACCACACUACCCUGUCCUGGGUGAUGAACACCUACCCCUACCUGCCCCUGGAGGAGGCGCCGCUGGAGUGCACCAUCCGACCUGGAGAGAUCCUGUAUUUUCCAGACCGAUGGUGGCACGCCACCCUCAACCUGGACACCAGCGUCUUCAUCUCCACCUUCCUGGGGUGAAUUGACACCCCCCCCCCCCCCCCCCCCCCCCCCUUCCCCACUGAACCUUCAAAGACCACGAACACUUGAAGGACCACAGGAUUUUCCAGUUUUGCAUUUGUUUUAUUUCUGAAAGUGUUUGAAUUAACUUGAAUCAACAGAAUCUCAGGGAGUUUUAAAAUUUUAUUUAGAAAAUUAUACUUCGAUGUUUCCUACAACGUUUAAAGACAAAACGAUGAAGAUUAUUUCAGAUUAUAACGUAUUUAUUUCAUUUACUGAUCAUGAAGAGGUGAAGAAUUUAACAUCAACUGAAAAGGAGCAAAUUUAAAUAUUUGUCUAUUUUCCAGAUUUUCUUUUUCAGUUUUAUUCAUUUUCUUGAUUAUUUUAAUUUUUUCUAAUUUUAUUGGUUGUUUGGCUCUUUUUUUUAAAAAUUAAUUUC